AUGUUACGAGCACCGGCAGCCGAAAGAAACAAAAACGCAAUUCUCGACGUGUUGAGAAGAUUUCUAAAAUCUGGUAAUAAGGUUUUGGAAAUUGCCUCUGGAACAGGUCAACACAUCACUUAUUUUGGAGAAUCUUUGCCGAGUGUAACAUUUCAACCAUCCGAAUGUGAUUCAAGAAUGCUUCACAGCAUUGUAGGAUUUAUUGAAGAACAUAAACUGCCGAAUGUUCGUGUUCCACUUUACAUUAAUGUAGCCAAACGAUUUGAUCAAUGGGCUCUUCCUGGAGAUUACGGACCAAAAACAGUGGAUGUUGUGUUGAACAUAAAUAUGAUACAUAUUAGUUCGUCAAGGGCGGUUCAAGGAUUAUUUGAAGCUGCGGACAAUUUGCUAAAUGAUCAAAAUGGGCUUCUCAUAACUUAUGGACCCUAUAGCAUUGACGGCGUUAUAUCCCCAAAAUCGAAUGUGGAUUUUGAUUAUGGUCUUCGAUGUCAAAAUGCGGAUUGGGGAUUGAGAGAUACAAAACAUUUAGAAACGCUUGCUACUGAAGCAAACCUUCAUCUUGCUGAGAAAAUCGAGAUGCCAGCUAAUAAUUGGAUGCUCAUUUUUUCGCGAUAA